AAAAAUGCCAUGUCGCAAUUGUCAUGCUUGCGUAUAAGAAUGGACACGAAUAGAAUAAAAAAGGAAUUUAGCCUGCGCCAAAAGUGCAACUCGAAAACGUGUGACGAGAUCACACUUGCCCAUCUCUUCUCCAGCGAUCGCCCCAUGAUUGCUUUCCCUCCGCACUAAGACAUCUGUACAUCGCUGCGUAUUCUCGACAAUUAUCCCAAAGUUUAAACUGACACACAACAUCGCCCAUCAUCCGUCUGGCCCGCGCGGUGCCCCGAUCCAAGACACUUGACUGGCACAAAUCCACUGCAGUAAAAUGAUACCAUACUUUGUCGUGUCAUGGCAGCGUCUUAGCGGCUCUUCACAUAGGCGCCUCGAGCGCUGGCCAAGCCACACUUGGAUGGGAACCAAAAGUGUGUGGGGAGGCAGCAAAGUCAUACAAUGUCGCUGGUGGCUUGAGUGGUUAUCGGCAACCAGUGAUCCGAAACCAACGAGUCGUCCCUUCGACACCGCCAGUCCAAGUCGUCUCAACUCGAAGCGAUGCUGCCGCUGCCAGGCCAGCCGUGCGGUUGGACAUGCUUGGCCGUGGCAGAGUAUCAUCGCUGUACGAGUUACUGCAGUCUUUGUCGUCCGAGUGACAUUCAUACUACAGCAGAGCGGUCGUUCCAUGUCUGUGCAAACGUGCUCUCGCGGUGCUGUAGAGGCGCUAGAGAAUGACCAGUCUUGUAGUUCGACGUCUUCGCAUACUCUCUUCCUUCGGAAGUUAAGCGAGCCACCAAGAGGCAGAGGCAGUCGGAACAGAAUAGUAGGCAGCGAUAUGCUGAUGCAUGUUGCAACAGAUAUUAGCAUGCCUGUUGUCGACUCAAGACAUAGACUCAUCGGGCCUCUGGUUGAACCCGCCCAUGAAUUGCUGACUAGAUCCUGGGCCCGAGUUGCCUGCCGGAGCCUUUCCCGUUCUCCUCUCUCCUAGCCAAGUGCGGGCUGACGCCUGCGCUGUGACGUCCGCCGCGCUGGAUGUUGGGGAGCGCGGAGCAUUCUUGGGAAGAGUGGGAUUGGUGAAUUGGUAGAGGUCCUUUUUUUUGUCCCUGCCCUCCAUGGAGGAGGGAAAGGGGAGUGAGAGGACGCUUGGACAUGGCCCACUUUUCUCUGGUUGCUGCAACGCCCCGGAACAGGGAUUUGGAU